CCGCCGAACUGCAGUUGAGAGCAGGCCUCCAUUUGCGGCCGCACCCGGGCUAGAGACUGCCGUGAUAGGCUUCGCGGGUCGCCAUCAUCAUACCCGUCGCACAGCGGUACUUUUUUUACGUGGUUUGAACGCAUACGAAGAGCUCCCAAGCCGAAAACUCCCGGCUGCAGAAGAAGUCUGUGCACGGAGUAGCAUUGAAAAAUGAGCCGCACCAGCUGCCUCGUCCUACGACCAACCCUCGCCGAGUUCAACGACAUCGAGACCCUGAUGCGCCGGGCCGAAAUGGAGUCCGAGGGCGCCGGGAUCGUCAAAAUCGUGCCUCCAUCUGGAUGGUGGGACGGCGCCGCCGAGGCUUCACAAGCAUUCAACGGCGAUACGAUACCGGGGAAGACGAGCGGCGGCCGGCGCGCCAAGAAUCUGCUGGAUACGCUGAAGUUGAGGCCCAUCCGGCAAGCGGUGAGCCGCCCACCAGGCACGCCCAAGGGCGCCUUCGAAGUUGCGAUCCUGCCACAACCACAGACAACAGCUAAACAAUUCCGCAAGACGGCCCUGAAACUACAAGAAGAAGCAGAAAGGAAAGCUCGAGAAGCUAGAGAACGGUUCGAGAGGAGAGGCUGCGAAGCGCGAGGCUCUGAAGAUGUGAGUGAUGACGCGGGCGUCGAGGCGGCCUUCUGGAAGGCGCUGACGCCGUUAAAUGAAGCGCCGCUCUACGGCGCCGACGUCGACGCGACUUGUUUUACGGAUAAUGACAAGACGAGUGAGGGAGAAGUACCAGGCUGGCACCUCGACGCGAUACCCUCGUGCCGCCUGAGACCCUUCCUCAAGCGCCUGAAAGCGCGAAUCCCGGGCGUGACGAACGGCAUGCUGUAUUUUGGGGCGCCGCGGGCCUUCUUCGCGUGGCACGUGGAAGACGCGAACCUGUACAGCGUCAACUACCUGCACUGCGGCGCGCCCAAGUCCUGGUACGCGCUGGACCCGCGGGCCGCGCCGAAGUUCGAGGAAAAAUGUAGGGAGGCCUUCCCCGACUUGGCGCGAGAAUGUAAAGAUUUUCUAAGGCACAAGACCGUCGUCGUGAGUCCGGACUUGCUCGUGAAGUGGGAUUUAGAUCAAUAUCUGGUCGAGUGUGUCCAAAGACCGGGCGAGAUGGUCGUCACGUUUCCUGCUGGGUAUCAUUGCGGCUUCAACCACGGCUACAACGUCGCCGAGUCUACGAAUUUUGCCACUGAUACUUGGAGUGAGAUUGGUCGCCAGGCGUCGCACUGCAAGUGCCAAGCGGACACGGUGCGCAUCGACGUGCCGCUGUUCGAGCGGUGGCGCGUCGAGGGCGAGAAUGCUUUCGUCUGUAAGCCCGUGGUGGUCGAGGCGCCGCCACCUGCUCCGCCGCCGAAGAAGAAGGCCAAGAAAGCCUCAUCGAACAGCGCGCCGCGGAAACGGCGGUGCCGCACGUGCGCCGCGUGCAAGGCCGCGGACUGCGGCGAGUGCAAGUUCUGCAAGGACUCGCCGAAGUUCGGCGGCCCGGGCAAGAUGAAGCAGUGCUGCGUCAAGCGCGUGUGUCUGCAGCCGAGACUGCCCCCUUCCGCUAUGGUGAGCGGGGCGCCCUGUUCAUCCGGCACGCGGCACAUCGACAAGCGCAUUCCCCCCAUCAUGACCUAAGUUUGAAGCCUCUC